AUUAUUAUUUUGUCAAGUCGUAAAAAGAAACACUCCGGACUCCUCCGCUGGCUGGGUACUUGACGGUUAGCGAAAACCUAACUUCAAUAGUCUCCUCCAUCCCAACCCAAUUUUGAGCUUAAUUAUUAUUUAAGUUGGAUCAACCAGAUAAUCUGUCCUUAACAAACAAACAAACCAAGUAUGACCCCUGUUUCAUCAAAGCAGUAUGCAGAUGAUGUAAGCCUGCUAAUGGUGUUAAUCGACACAAAUCCAUUGUUCUGGAGCUCAACUGCCGCCCCUUUAUCGUUCUCCAAGUUCCUAUCUCAAGUCCUUUCGUUCGUAAAUUCAGUUCUUCUACUAAAUCAACUGAAUCAAGUUAUGGUGAUCGCGACUGGCUUAAACUCUUGCGAUUACAUUUAUGAUUCUUCUUCGGGGCCCACAACCCCGAUGUUCGAAACCCUGUUGCAGAAAUUGGAAGAUUUUGUGGCUAAAGAUGAAGAGCUUAAUAAAGAUGACUCGGUUGACGGGAUCGGGUCAUCCUUGCUUUCCGGAUCUCUUUCGAUGGCACUCUGUUACAUACAACGUGUAUUUCGUUCUGGGUCGCUUCAUCCACAUCCUCGGAUUUUGUGUAUGCAUGGAUCACAAGAUGGAUCUGGACAAUAUGUUGCCAUCAUGAAUUCAAUAUUCUCAGCUCAGAGAUCAAUGGUGCCUAUAGAUUCUUGUGUUAUCGGGUCGCAACAUUCGGCAUUUCUACAACAGGCUUCUUAUAUAACCGGAGGUGUAUAUCUGAAGCCACAACAGCCCGAUGGAUUGUUUCAGUAUUUAACGACGGUUUUUGCAACAGAUUUACAUUCCCGCAGCUACUUACAUCUACCUAAACCCGUGGGUGUAGAUUUCCGUGCUUCGUGUUUUUGUCACAAAAACACAAUCGACAUGGGAUACAUUUGCUCUGUUUGCCUGUCGAUUUUCUGUAAGCAUCACAAGAAAUGUUCAACUUGUGGGUCGGCUUUUGGUCAGCCCCAAACAAACGUCUCGACGACGGAUCAGAAGAAAAAAGCUCCCUGAAGAGUAUGUUAUGAGUUGAAUCUUUAGUUUGAUAAUGCAUAGAUGUAAGCAAACUUUGUGAUUUCUUGUUCUGAAAUUUUGCAAUCUAUAAGCAUUAACUAUGGGAGAAAAAAAUAUUUCACGGUCCGAACAAUCAGAAAAGAAGUUGCUGAGCAGAUGUAUGUUAAUGAGCCAAACAAUCGGUUCGUA